AUGGGAAGUGUCGAGAGCCUGGGUUCCCCCCCCGGCUCCGCCUUCCUUGUGCAGGAGCAGCCCGGAGCUGGGGCCGAGGCCCCGGCGAUAUCGAGCGCUGCCGCUGUGGCCCGUCACGUUCCGGGCCCCGGAGCGGAUUCCUCCCCCUCCGGCCGGGGACCGAGGGGGCAGCAGGGCUGGAAGGAGCGGGGACCGAGGCCCGCCCGGCGUCACCGCCCCCGGCCCGGCCCCGACAAUCGGGUGCUGCGGUUGCCGGGGAACCGCGGGCGCGGCCACAGCGGCUGUGACGGCGCCGCCGCCUCAGUUGCCGCAGAGCGCGCUCCGGGCUGGUUGUUCGCAGCCUGGGCUCGUGCAACGGCUGCACUCAGCGAUUCACUGAGGGUCUUGUGCACAGAGAUUGUCUCUGCCAGCGAGCCCUGGACUCGCAGAGCUUUGGUCUCUGCCAGCGAGGAGUCCUCAAUUUCAUUUGAAGGUUUGCUUUUCUUCCCAAUUCCUUGGCUGGUGAAGGUGUCCAUGGAGAGCUGCCCUUAUUUCCAGCUGGCGUGCCCCAGGGAUGUGUACCAUGUGGUGCCAGCAGGCUCCUCUGCCCCUGUGCGCAUCCGCUUCAGCCCCGCCGAGAACAAGGAUUAUUGCCACCAGCUGGUCUGCAUGACUGCAAGGGAAAGGAUCGUUGUGCCAAUUCGGGCCAUUGGUGCCCGAGCUGUCCUGGACUUCCCUGCCCAGCUGGAUUUCUCCAAGUGUGCAGUCCAGGGCAGCACCCAGAAGACUCUGCUGGUGCGCAAUGUCGGUACCCAGGCAGCUCGUUACCAGCUGAGCACCCAGAGUCCUUUCUCCGUGGUGCCGGCCACAGGAGCUCUGGGCGCUGGUGACACCGUGCAGGUGACAGUGGGAUUUCACCCGCGGGCCAGCGGUGACCAUUGGGGCUCCCUGGCAGAAGGAGAAAUCGGGCCGAAUUGUUCGGCCGAAAUCAAGGUGACCUUCAAACCCCUGGAAGCACUGGAGUAUGGAAGUGUGGCUUACUGCAGCAUCUCAGGCCGUGAGAGCAGGCUGCCCCUGCAGCUCCGAGGGGAAGGCCAAGGACCCUUGGUUGAACUCAGCUCUCAGACUCUGGACCUUGGGAACGUUUUUGUCAACACCCCCCACGUCUAUGAGGUGAAACUGAUGAACCAAGGAGCUCUUGAUGCUCCCUUCACCUGUAUCCCUUCAGCCACCAAGGUGGGCUCCUGCUUCAAGUUUGCACCCGAGGAGGGCAUCAUUGCAGCAGGAGGGAGCCAGACUGUGCAGAUCUCCUUCAGUGCCACCGUGUUGGGCAGCUUUGAGGAAGAGUUCCAGCUCAGAGUGGCUGGAUCUCCUACGCCUGCCAUCCUGACCAUCAAGGGCAGCGUCAGUGCACUGAGUUUACACUUCGACCUCCCUGAGCUCGACUUCGGGGACAUCUCCUUUGGCUUUCCCUACACCCAGCGCUGUCGCCUCACCAACAGCUCCGCGGUGCCGCUGACGUUCCAGCUCUGCAUGUCGGACGAUGGCACGCAGCCGGCUGUUGACAGCGUGGAUCAGAUCCGCAGGCACAGCGACCCAGCCUGGAGGAAGGGAAUCCAUUUCUAUGUUGAGCCCAGGGAGUUCACCAUGAAUCCCAGCCGAGGGACCAUCCUCCCCCAGGGACACCAGGACAUCGAGGUGACCCUGUGUUCCAACACGGUGAUGGAGUUCCGCCGGAGGAUGCUGGUGGACGUGGAGGGCAUUGGCAAGGGAGUGACAAAACUGUUCAUCACAGCCAGAUGUCUCGUUCCUGAGCUCCAAGUGUCCCCCUAUGUGCUCCAGUAUGAUGAGUGCCACCUGAAGGUGCCCUAUGAGAAGAAGCUCGUCAUCAGGAAUCCCAGCCACCUCCCUGGCUGCUACGGGCUUAUUCCCCAGCCCCAGAGCACAGCAGAGAUCCCAGUUGUGGUGGAGGUGCAGGCGCUGGGCGAGCAUCGCACCAACGUUCUCAUCGGCGUGUUCGGGGAUGAGAGAAACCCCCUGGUGAGGGCAAGGGGAGCAGUGUGCCUCAGCACCUCCAAUGUCACGGAGCUGUGCCACGUGGAGGGAGGCCCCACCUGCGAGGUGCUGGUGACCGGGGAGGCCUCAGGUGUCAGCUCCUCCCUGAGCCCCCGGGAGAUCAACUGUGGCUCUCAGGCACCUCUCAGGGACAGCUGUUCCUGCGCUGCCGCUCCUGGCGGGGAGUCGCGCCUGGCGCGGCUGCUGCGGGAGAAAUUCCCGCGGGCUUCGGCCAUCAAGGUGGUGGGCAUCUCAGGCUGCGGGGACCCCCAGACAGGGCAGGAGUGUGAGGGUGCUCAAGCCUUGACUUGUACUGACUUUAAUUGA